UGAACUCCUCCCUUCUGCUUUUGCCCUCCCUCGAUUUUUACCUCGCCCUCCUCUGGUCUAGCUUGUCUCUGCUUUUUAUUUAGCCAGCUACCAAGUUGCGACAUUUCACUUCACGCCGCUUCAUCGUUUUGUUUCCCCGCAUAAUAUUUUGGGAUAAAUGCACGACGUAUCGUUUUUUAAACUGUUAUCAUAAAUGUAAGUGAUUAGAUUUUUCCAGCACUAUUAACAUUCGUUCUAAGUAUGGCGUAUUCAGAAUUGGUAAAAUAAUUAUCGUAUCGUGACAUGAACAUUUAUUUAGCAUGCUGUAAUAAGUAAGAAGACAACGUGUCGAAGACAGGAUUAGGCUAUUUAUCAGACCUACCGAGCGUGCACAGACAGGUUUUUACGGCAGGGGCAGCCACAUGAAGAGGUCAAUAUAGAGGAUGAUGAAGACGGAAGGAUAAACGACAAGAGACAGCCAGGGAAGGAAGAAACGUGGAGAAGGAGGGAUGAGAAAGAGACUAAAAUAAGAGGAGGAAGUGGAAUUCCAAAGUGCCUAAGAAGACUGAGUGGGUGCCUGACUUUCUGGUCUGGAGUGUUUGGCUGGCUGGUGGCCUGCUGCCUCUGUGUACUGCUGCUGUCUGCAUAGGACAGGCUCCUGGCCCUGCUAGGUGAGAGUAGAGCAAAGCACAGCACUGUGUGUGUGUUUAUUUGUGUGUGUUUGGCCUUGAAUGAGGCUAUAUGUGACCCUGACAGCCAGAGAGUCAUUCCGUCCUGCUGCUGAUCUUCAAUCCGCCCACCUCCCCCCAGCCUCCACCUCGUCAUCAAUACAAGGACACUGGUCGAUAAGCUUCUGCUUUUUUAUCUUUCCCUUUUUCUAAACAGCCUGACCAGCCAUACUAAACGCUACAGAAGCCGUGUCACAGUUCUGGAUAUUUGGGGUGGUUUUGGGGUUUCUGUCUGAAGAAUGGAGUGACCAGACAGAGACAGAGACAGACAGACUGACGGACAUAAGAAGAGGAAGCUGUCAUUGGAAGGCCUCUCUCUAGGACAAUGCAUGUCUGAACUAUACAUCUCAGCAUGCCAGAGUAAGGACCCCCAAUUUCGUCCUUUUUCUAUGAGACAGAGCUGGCCUCUGCUCACCUCUAUCUCUGAGAACUCAUCCCAUCGUCAGUGGAUCAGGGAUCUGCACCGUACCCAAGAAAACCCACUACUCCAGCCUCCAUACCCAGAAACUCAAAGUCAUUUCAAAGGACCAGCUUAUUCAUUGUAUCCAGUAUAACUAAGUCUUUCAUUUCAUUUCACUCGUCUUGUCUUGCCAAGGAGUUUCCAAUUUAUUUUCGUCUGCAUCAGGGCUUUUUGUUUGUGCACUAAGUCCCGAUUGUGUCCAACCCUAGACCCUACUCCUUCAUCCACUUGCCCCUUCUUGUCCCGAGGGGCUGUAAUGGCAGUCAAUAUGGGAAGUAUGGCCAUGGGCCGGGACACUAAGUGGUUGACCCUAGAGGUGUGUCGAGAGUUUCAGAGGGGUACCUGCUCCCGCUCGGACGCUGAGUGUAAGUUCGCCCACCCAGCCAGGAGCUGCCACGUGGACAAUGGCAGAGUCAUCGCCUGCUUCGACUCACUCAAGGGACGCUGCACGCGUGACAACUGUAAGUACCUGCACCCCCCUCCCCACCUCAAGACCCAGCUGGAGAUCAACGGGAGAAACAACCUGAUCCAGCAGAAGACAGCAGCGGCCAUGUUGGCCCAACAGAUGCAGUUCAUGCUGCCAGGAGCCCAGUUGCAGCCCAUAGUGAAUAGCCCACACUACACAACUACGUUCCCUAUGACUCCCAGUAUGUCGUCCCUGGCCACCAGUCCCAGUAUGGCGUUCAGCCCGUAUCUGAGCCACAUGGGUCCAGGGAUGGGCCUGAUGCCUGAGCUGCUACACCAGGCCCCCCUGCUGGUCCCAGGGAGCCCCACCGGCCUCCAGGUCAUGGGCAACAGCAGCUCCCAGCAGAAACACAUGCGGACAGACAAGCUGGAGGUAUGUCGUGAGUUCCAGAGGGGUAACUGCACGCGGGGCGAGGGCGACUGCCGCUAUGCCCACCCUAUGGAGGCAGCCAUGGUGGACGGCAGUGAAAACUCAGUCAUCGUCUGUAUGGACUACAUCAAGGGCCGCUGCUCCAGGGACAAAUGCAAGUACUUCCACCCCCCUGCCCACCUGCAGGCAAGGAUUAAGGCCGCCCAGCACCAGGCCAGCCAAACAGCCAAUGCCAUGGCCCUGCCCCAUGGGGCAAUGCAACAGCUACCAAAGAGGCCCACCUUAGAGAAGAGUAACGGGGGUGGUGCUGUGUUCAACCCCAGCAUGUUCCACUAUCAGCAGGCCCUGGCUAACAUGCAGCUGCAGCAGCCAGCCUUUAUCCACCCUGGGCUUAUGAAAGGGCCGGCCCCGCUAGCAGUGGAUGGCCGUUGGGAGAGGCGGGACUGGAGCAGCUGCAGGCACCCCCACAGCCGCCUCUUGUCAGCGCCUGGAUUCACUGUACCCAUGAUGCACGGUGCCACCACCUCCACUGUUUCGUCGGCCUCGACCCCAGUCACCAAUGUUCCUUUCGCAGAAUCAGCCUCCUCCAAUCAGUUGUUUUCUAGGUUUCAUUUCUCCUCUUCCCCUCUCCCCCUUUCUCUCUCUCCUCUCUCUCUCCCCCUUUUUCUCUCUGUCUCUCUCUCAUCUCCUCCAGUAGACCCUUCAGAGGUUCUGAGUGCCGACCCAGUGGACCUUCAGUGCGUCCCCAUGGAAGCCCACUUCUGCCCUCUCCCCAAACUCCUGAUGGCUGCUCCGGUGGCGCUGAACCCAGUAACCCUCCCGUGAAAUCCCAGUUAAAGCACCCAACAACACCAUCAAACCCUUAGUCAUCCCCAACCAACCAACCAACCCUGCCCCCAAAAUACCACAGUCAACUAUUUGAAUGCAACAAACAUGUGCCUAACCUACAGUGCACCCCAAGUGAGAGGUAGUGUUAUCCUCAUUAAGGAGGUAUUCACAUAAUAAAAAAGUUGACUUGGUUUUAUUGACAUUUAUCACAGGCAAUACUAAAGCUUGGACCCAUUACUGUUGAUGUAAAGCCAGCCCAGACUGAUGCACAUUGACUUGAAGGAGCAGACUGAAGGAGAGGCUCCCCAGUUCUUACAGCCAUACAAACCCACACCUUUAACACACAAAUACACAUACACGAUAAAAACAGCAAAUCCUCUUGGAGACUAAGCUGAGGAUAUGAGGCGUAAGGUCGUAUAAUCUUACACAGCUGACUGUUCCCUCAAAGUCAGACAGUCUGGAAAGAAAAUGAGUGACAAGUCAGACAAGAAGAAAUAAGUAGUCUGCAGAGCUUGGAUCAUUCUAGAAGUAGUCUGCAGAGCUUGGAUCAUUCUAGAAGUAGUCUGCAGAGCUUGGAUCAUUCUAGAAGUAGUCUGCAGAGGUUGGAUCAUUUUAGAAGUAGUCUGCAGAGGUUGGAUCAUUUUAGAAGUACUCUGCAGAGGUUGGAUCCUGUAGAUCAUUCUAGAAUGCAUGUCGUUUUCUUCAUCUUUUCUUUUUCACUUCAAAGAAAUGUGUUGCGUCUCAUUUAAUGUUUACAGUACGUUUCAAGACGGCUGAAGCUUAAAAGCAGUGUGUUAUUAUGUUAUUAGUUCAGAGAGGCUAAGCUCCUAUGGUCCAAUUCAAAAAUCUCACCCAAGGUCUCAUAUAUGAUGUUCAUUUGUCUGUGCCUUUUGAGUUCCCAGCUAUGUAGGAGAUUUGAUGUCUUAUCCCAAAACAACUGAAGUCAAUGACUUAAAACCCAAUAGCCUUGAUCUCAGACAAAGUAUAGACAAGUGUUUCUAUUGACACACAAGUCUAUAGCUCCUCCUGUGUAUAUAUUGCCUGUCGAAAGGUCUCUCUGUUCAGGACUAGGUCCUGUGACAAGCUCUCUUCAUGAGAUGAUUUUUGGGUCGUUACACGAAUAGAGUGCCUUUCAAUUGAACUGUUAGAUCAUGUACAUCGAUGUUCUAACUAGUCUCGUCAAUCCCAGACCUAGGGCAACAGCACUGGGAAUCAUGAAAAAGGAAAUUAUCCUCUUCAGACAGACCAAUCACAAUUUUGGGUAGGCGGGACUUAGAAUGCAGGCAGGAAUUGUGAAGAACUCUUACCAUGGCCUGUAGAGCCAGACAUGCCAGAACUUUGCAAUUUGAAACCAAAGUUUGCAGGCAAAACCUUUGCAGUGGUUUUAGUGAAGGUAAUUGAUGCAAACUAGCCACUUGUGAAAUACACUCAUUAAAAUAACCUCUGUGAGCUCCAACUUGUUAGCUACUAUUUUGGGCAACAAGCGAAUAAGGCAGUGACGUAAGAAAGAAGGAAAUCCCAACUCCACCCUUUACUCUAUGUCAAAUGGACUUUGUCUUAGUACAGACGUGAAGGCUGGAAGACUGGUGCGUUGUGGGAGGCAACCCAUCUGUCUAGAGAGACUAUGCUUUAACUUAACAAAACCAUUUUCAUUCAAAUAAGUUAUUUGUUUUCUCUAAAAAUCCACAUUUUGCCAUGUCCCAUGUCUUGUUUGUCCAACUUCUAGGAAGAUUUUAACUCACUUAACUCCAAGUUUUUCAGAUGUUUUCAUGGUCAUUUCUGAAGAUGUUUUACUUAUUUAAUGUAAUUCCCCCUCUGACAUCAUUGAACGUCUGUGCACGCAUGAUAGAACAGCAAUGUACUGCUAUUUUAUUUUACCACGAUGCCGGAUGCUCCUCUCCUCCGUUUAAUCAACAAAACAAAAACAAUAUCACCUUUGCUCGGGCCGAAGAAUGGCGCUGUUAUUCCCUUGUGUGGAUUUCAACUUUAAACCUCUUGAGAUGGGAAAACAUGUUUGUUAUGAAUUUUAACAUGUGCUCCUCAUGACAGAAUGUUACAAUUAAGUGAAAGCGUUAUUUUUGACAAAAUUACACUUCCCAAAAGGUCAUCUAUUCGUGGAAGGGACACAUUAUUGAAACCAAAAAUGAAAUUCAAUGGCGAAAUCUGUAAUAAUACUUAUGAAUAUUUCUUGAACUUUCUGGAACCACUGCAGAGGCUGCAUCAGGGGAGUUGCUUUGCUUGUCUGAAAGGUCUAGCAUGCUUACCUGUGUGCCAAUGAUUCUGUAAUGGAGGUUUGUCUGUGCCAAUCAUUGGUGUAUACUGUAUCCCGAAUAGAAUUCCCUUACUGUUGUCGGAUUGAUAUCUGAGUGGAUGUUUCCCCUUCAAUGAGCCGUCCCUUUCCCUGUCAGGGGUCAACUGAUAUUUGCAGAUAUUUUUUGGGGUCAAUCUCCUGCAUUCAUAGUAGUAUGUUUAAGUAAGUGGUAUACAUUUUUCUAUAUGUUGUGUUAAGAAUAUUUUAAUGGAAUGGAUUUGACAAAAAAAAAAGUGGUUCUGCAGGGAGUAUAUUGAGUAAGCUUGAAAUUGUUCUGUCUGUAAAACAUGUAUUUGAUCAUAGUCACUGUGUCCUUACUUUCAAUCAUCAGCAGACUUUAAAUGCUACAAAUAUAGUGACCUGGUGGGACAGUACCGACCUAAGUAGAGGAAAUAGAAGGAGAUAGUGAGACACUGAAAGAGAAACUGACCCGUUCUGGAGUCAAGUAUUUGGUCUUAAAAUGGUAUCCAGAAUUAUUACAAAAUGGAGCAGAAUUGCUAUGAAAAUGGACAGAGACAAUACAUUAGCUGAUAUGUUUAGGUGAGUUUUAAUGUGCCUCUCACUCGUUUUCAAGUCUUCUGAAACCAAUCACUGUCCAUACACUGUAAUAACUGACUUUUCAGUCUUUUCAAAACAGAUGAUACGUUGACUAGCACUGCCUGUCUGGCGCCAUUGAUCUGUCGUGUCUCUGUAGUUUCUUCUUUGAAACAGCUGUGCUGUCUCAUCUUUUGAUGAGAUAAAAAAAGUAAUCAGCCUGAGUGGGUGGCGUGUUUAAAUGUUUUAAUUAAUGACACUGAAUCACUGAGUUGGACGUGGAAAUGUUGAGACGUUUUCCACAUCUUGGGGGAAAUGGAUAUUGACAGGAAGCUAUUCAUGUUUAAGUCAUGUCAUUUACGUGGUGAAUGUAUCUAAUAGCCUCGAGCGGCAUGUUGAAAUGUAAUGAUUCAUUAUAUAGGCUAUUUCUAUUAAGAGGUCAAAUGCAAACCACGUUAAGAAAACAUACUGUGUUAAGAAAUGUUUUAAGUAUGUGUGUGUAUUGUUAUAUAGGUUUAUGUUUAAAUGUUUGUGAGUGUGAGUACUUUCUGAAAUAUCUUUGGACAAGUGUGGUCCCUGCAUUUUCCUCCUUUCUUUGAUGCAUUCAGAUGCAUAUUAGAAAUGGUCCUCUCUUAAUCAAUGAAAUUGAUAUUAGAAUGUCUAGACAUAUUCAUUUUGUCUAAAUUGUAUAGCUUUGAAGGACUUGCGUUGCCCAGCCAAGAUGAAAAUCUAUCUUCUCUCUCUCCCCCCCCUCUCUAUGUCACAUCAUUAUGCCUUCUCCAACUGCUAUCCAGCUGGUAAUAACAAAAUACUUGAUUUAAGAAAAAGAAAAUGUGCCUCGUGGGGGGGGCGUUAGCAUUUUAAGUAAACUUACAUGUUUAAGAGGUGUGUUUUCCUUGUACAAGAGCAUAGUUAACUAGAGUAAUUGUAGUGUUGUUGGUACAAAUAUAUUAUUCUUUCUUUCUUCAUCCUUUACCAUUAUGUUCCAAAGUUUCUCCCUCUCUAAAUGGUACUUGAUCGAAUUUCCGUCACAUUUUUAGUCUUUAUUCCUAAAUCACAAUAUCAAAGAUGUGACUAUUUAUGGACAGAACUGUUAGUGGUAUUUUCACCCAUUUAGAUUUGUUUUUAUUGUUUAUUCGACAUUUGAAAAAAGUCAUAGCAUGAAAAUAAGAUAAUCUUCAUUGAUAUUUAAUUAAUAGUUUGUGUAGUUUCCAUUUAAGAAAAACUAAAAAUAGAAAUUAUAUAAAAAAAUAUAUACAUUUGUAUCUAUACAAUGAUAGAUUCAUUGUUACUUAUUAAUAGUACGUCGUUGUUGUUGCUGUGGCAACAGAACGACAACAUGGCUACCUUUGUCAAUCUGAAUUGUGAAUUUUUUCACAUAUGAAUUGAAAUAAUGUACAACAUUAACUUAUUCAGAAAGGGAAUGUCUAGUUAGAUUGUCUUGGAUUGCAAGAUGAUUGAAUAUUUUGUAAGAAAAAGUCAAGUUAAAUCCUUAAUGUCCAAAGGUCCUCUGGGGAGAUCAGGUGUUUUGUUUGUUUAUCUUUUGGGUUUGAUUCGUUUUUAUUUCUGUAUUUUGUUUUUUUGGAGAGUAAGAACGCAUCUCAGCUUUUAAAAUGAUCACCUUAAAUACCAGGAGGGUAAAGAGACUUUGGGACUGGAUACAAGAUUUAAAUAAUUCUGCUAAAUUGAGUCAUUAUAGACUUAUGACCUGAUUUGAUUUGCUGUUUUUGAUCACCACAUUACAUUGGAGUUGAACUGGCCCAUACAUGCUGUACAGAAUUUGCUAUGCGUCGUCUCUAUGCAUUGUAUUGCCAACAAUUUUCACCUAGGCUCAUAGGCUUAUACUAUAGGCCUUCUGUCCACCUGGACAGGGAGUGCUGAUGUCACCGAGCUCUUGGAUUGGUCCUCAGUAUGAAGUCUCUUUCCCCCUGUGGCCUGCCCAGCUGUGCUGGGAGAUGUUGAUGCUCGCUGGAGCUUUAAGGGAUCCAACCGGUGUACGAAUGUGUGAUAUUCACCUCGUUUGCACUUAUGUACAUAAGUAAGUCAAAAUAUUCUGAAUUUAUUUUGAAUAAAUAUAGAGAAAAGAACUGAUAAAAAAAAUCUAAUUUACUGUAUUGUUAAGAAAUACAGAUAAACAAUUAUCAUUUUAAUACAGUGUAACAAAAGAGAGUUGUUUUUGAGGGAUGUGUCUUUGGUUUUGUUAUAUAUGUGCCCUGCUCCUAUCAAAACAUGAUGGUGCCUCUGUUAAGAGAAAACAUAAUGUGUCAAAAAGAAGCUUUGUAGUUUGCCAUACUUUAUAGAAGCACAUUUAGAAGUCCAGCUAUGUCUGAUCCUGAACCAGUUUAGUUAUAUAUAUAUAUAUAUAUAUAUAUAUAUAUUUAGUUUGAACUAUAUGCAUUUAGUUAGAACUAAUAGAACUAUAUGCAUAUAGUUAGAACUUAUAGAACUAUAUGCAUAUAGUUAGAACUAAUAGAACUAUAUGCAUAUAGUUAGAACUAAUAGAAUUAUAUGCAUAUAGUUAGAACUAAUAGAACUAUAUGCAUAUAGUUAGAACUAAUAGAACUAUAUGCAUAUAGUUAGAACUAAUAGAAUUAUAUGCAUAUAGUUAGAACUAAUAGAACUAUAUGCAUAUAGUUAGAACUAAUAGAAUUAUAUGCAUAUAGUUAGAACUAAUAGAACUAUAUGCAUAUAGUUAGAACUAAUAGAAUUAUAUGCAUAUAGUUAGAACUAAUAGAAUUAUAUGCAUAUAGUUAGAACUUAUAGAACUAUAUGCAUAUAGUUAGAACUUAUAGAACUAUAUGCAUAUAGUUAGAACUUAUAGAACUAUAUGCAUAUAGUUAGAACUUAUAGAACUAUAUGCAUAUAGUUAGAACUUAUAGAACUAUAUGCAUAUUCCCUUUAGUAAACAAAUUAAUGAUAUUUACAUUUCCAUCAGGUGUUCUCCUGUUUGAUGACACAGUAAAUCAGAAUGGUAGUUUACAUAAAACUAGGGUUGCAAAGCUACCGGUAAUUUAACAAAGUUACUGGAAUCUUCUGUAUUUUUUGGUAAUUAACAGGUAAUAUAUGGCAAUCUAUGAUAACUUUGGUCAUUUAUACUUGAAUACAUUUUUAAAAACGUAUUCAUAUAUAGUUUUCAUAUUGUCCAUUAGUUUCUAGCAGAUAUGAUUCAAGAGAACAUUUAUUCAAUUAGAAUGUAAUCAACAAUGGCAUUAUUUUCAAUUAACUCUGCAAUGCUUCUAACUAUUGACUAAACUGACACCAGUUUAGGUACACAACAUUUACAACAAAGACAUAUUGACAUAGUCUUGUAAAAUAAUUAAAAGUGUGUAAAAAAAUAUAGAAAGGAUAUUUCAUGCUUAAAGCCUCGUAUUAAACCCCAGUGGUAUUCACUAAGUUGAUGGUUUAUAUUUAGAAAAAUGUUUUACAACUUUGCCAUUGUAUUUUUUUAAAUAUUAAAAUCUUCUUAUUUGAUUGUUAUAUAUUUGACAUGUGAUAAGGCCACACAGAGGGCGAGAGAUCAUAACAGACACCUGUGGUCAUCUGAAGUACCCAGAAGGGCCACUAGAUGUUUUUUGAUAGGCACUUGAAAUUUACCAAUUUCAGGUAGUUUACUGGUAAACUUUGAAAUUGUAAUGUAAUAAACCCUUCCUUUGCAACCCUAUAUAAAACUAGAUUGGUUUCAAGAUCAAACUGUGUUAGGAUUUUCUACACUAUCAGUCCCAUCAUUCUGCAUGCAAGUCGAUGUGCAGAAGAACCUGUGAAUUUGGUGGUCCACCUGCUGUCUGUCUAGGAAAUGACAUCCGCUGACAGUCGGAAAAUAAUGGAUGUCAGGUGUGCGCAAAAACAGGAAAUAAUUUUCUACUCGUGUGUAUUUGGUUUGUGAGAAGGGAUUUUUCUUUACUCAUUGUCAUUAUCCAAAAAACAAUCAAUCUGAAUUCUCCACAGGAUUUUAGUCAGAUCUGGAUUAAAAAAAACUGGUUUUACUACAAUCCCACACACUUGCGAAACAAACAUCCCUGACGAAAACUUCUGUUCAUGCGAACUUGUACAUUUAAUGCUCUUCAAUUGCUUUGGAAGCCAAUCAUUUUGUUGCCAUGGCACUUGUCCUAGAGGUGGUGGAGGGACUGGGUCUCAGUGGAUUGGUCCAAGGCCUUUCCACUGUAAACAGAGGAGAGGACAACCUUCCUGUAGACUGGGGAUAAGACUGGGGGUCAAGGCUCCCAAACUUUUAACAACUGAUUCAAAGAUCAGUUUCAUAAUGUACAUCUGUGCGUGUUGAUGUGAAAGCAAAAAUAUAACAUCUCAUUCAUGGCAAGUGACCACAGAAUUUGUCCCUUUAAUUUAAAUAACUAUUAGUUGCUUUGGGUGCUUUCUUGGAUAUUAGUUGCCUGUUUCUGCUUGCUUGGCAAGGCAAAGCCAAGGAGUGAACAAACUUGCACCCAGGUAAAAUAUUGGGUUUGUUUAAAAGCAUUUCCAUUGGAGAGAAGGCUGUCCAUUAUGCUCCUCUCUCCCCCACUCUAGGACAAAAGUGAAAUUGACUGCUUUGAUUCCUGGUAUGAAAAUGCUUCUCUUUCACUUUCUAUUUAGCUUGUUGUGCUUGUACGUGCUAGAGAACUGUGCUACAUGCCAAUUAUUUUUGCUAUGUAUAAAUAUAUAGGUAUACAUACACAUAUGACUUAUGUUAUUUUUGUUUUACCUUUUAAUAAAGCACUUAAUUGGUGAUCUA